CAUUUGUUUGUACAUUUCGUUUUUGAUUUUGAUGUAUUGCUGUCCCUUUCUCUUAACCACCUCUCCGAUCUCCUUCGCUUCAGAGCUCUCUCAUCUCCCCCAUUUCUUUCCAUUCAAGCGUUCUGUCAUUUCUCACUCAUUGAAUGCUAUAUUUCUCUCUAACUUUGCCUUCGUCCGCCAGCUAAGUAAGAUCUUUUUUCUUCUUCUUAAAACAAGAUUGUUGAAUUCUUUUCUUUUGGGAAUCCGGGUCUGUCUUUCUUGAGAUUUGGGAAACCCUUUUGUUUCAUUGGCCACUGAUGCGAAAUGGGUUGUUAUGUAGAUCAUAGCUUUCAGCUUGAAUUUUUGAAAAAGCUGUAAUUUGAGUGUUAAAUAUGCAUAGAUGUGUUGGUUUCUUUGUACUUGAAUGAUUUACUUUGAUGUGAUGUGUUGCUCUACUGUGAAACUCUUGUACUUCUCUGAGCCGAAUGGGGAAUAUUGAUUGAACUGAUGGUGAAAUCUUUUUAAUCGUUAGUUUGGCAUAUACAUUGGAUCAAUUCUAUAAUGGGUUUGAAGUUGUUUAUAGAGAAAAGGGCUAUUGAAGAUCUUGAAGUUGUAAAGUUUUCAUUGUUUUUGGUUGGGAGUUUGUUGAAUGUUGGUGAGAUAAGAUGGUAAAAGGAAGAUGCCUAGUUUCAAAAAUUGUACUUUGAAUACAUUGGCAUUAUGAAUUGAUUGAGAUGGUGAAUAAUUUUAGUAGGAGUACAUCAUUUAACCGAAGGGCGUUGAAUGCUGAAAGCCCGAGAGUUUUGAAUGUUUCAAGCCCCAAAGCUUUGAAUGUUCUAAGCGCUAAACCUUUGUGUUUCACUAGUUCUAGAGUUUAUCAUAGGUUGGGCUGGGUCUCACGCUUGUUUCCUGUCCUUAUUCUCAUUGGGGCUUUGAUUUCUUUUAUUAUACUACUUCAUGGGGGUUAUAUAUAUGUUCUCCCUAGUCUGAGUCAAGCAUUUUAUGGACAUGGUGUGUUAAAAUUCAAUGAUUCAAGCAACGUUUGUGAUAUUUUUGAUGGAAGCUGGGUUAUAGAUGAUGAUUACCCAUUCUACAAUGCUUCAGAUUGUCCAUUUGCAGAACAAGGAUUCAAUUGCUUGGGAAAUGGCCGGAAAGAUAGAGAUUAUCUCAAAUGGAGAUGGAAACCAAAAAAUUGUGAUAUUCCAAGGUUUAAUGUUCACAAUGUUCUGGAAAUGCUCCGGGAUAAAAGGAUAGUUUUUGUUGGAGAUUCUAUGAGUAGAACGCAGUGGGAAUCAUUGAUUUGCUUGCUCAUGACUGGAGUAGAAGAUAAGAAGAGUGUUUAUGAAGUUAAUGGCAAUAAGAUAACAAAACGGAUCAGAUUUCUAGGUGUUCGGUUUACUUCCUUCAAUUUUACCAUUGAGUUCUUUCGCUCAGUGUUCUUGGUGCAACAUGGUUGGAUGCCUAGACAUGCACCAAAGCGUGUUAGGUCAACCCUUAAGUUGGAUAAAUUGGAUGAUGUUAGCAAUGAGUGGAUUAAUGCAGAUGUUCUUAUAUUCAACACUGGACAAUGGUGGGUUCCAGGGAAGCUCUUUGAAACUGGUUGCUACUUCCAGGUUGGGAACUCAGUAAAGCUUGGAAUGUCAAUUCCUGCUGCAUUCAAAAUGGCAUUAGGUACUUGGGCAUCAUGGGUUGAGAACACGAUUGACACAAACAGAACACUUGUCUUUUUCAGAACAUUUGAGCCAUCACACUGGAGUGAAAAAUCCCGUAGGUUUUGCAAUGUGACCCAGAACCCAUUGUUAGAAACUGAAGGGAGGGAUCGAAGCAUUUUUUCAGAGACUAUAUUUGAGGUGAUAAAGAAUAUGACUGUUCCUAUAACCGUUCUGCAAGUAACUUCCAUGUCAGCUUUCCGAAGAGAUGCACAUGUGGGUGGGUGGAGUGACAAUCCAAUGGUACCUGAUUGUAGCCAUUGGUGUCUUCCUGGCUUACCUGAUAUCUGGAAUGAAAUUUUCCUCUGGUACCUGCUUGCCGAUUAUGGACUUCCUGCAGUGAAUGGAAAGCAGUGUGAGUUUUGGGUACUUAGAUCAGCUUUGAUAGCUAUAUGAUUGAUGCAGAUUGGAUGACCCAUGAUUGAACCCUCUUCUGCAUGCACCUUCUUCGCCGAAACACGAAAUGAAACAUGGAUUGAAGUUUCUUGGCUCACAUCAACCAACCAGUAUGACAAAGCACCCAAUUUUUAUUUUUGAUUUUUACAGAAGAUGUAGAGUAACACGUAUAAAGCAAUUUGUGAGAGAAGCUUAUAUUUUUUUUGGUGUUUGUUUGUUUUUCAUUCAUUGUUGCCUUUUCCUUAACCCCCCCCGCCCCCCCCCCCCCCUUUUGUUCUUUUACAUUUAGAAGGUGAAGGUGAGAAAACAGCCAAAAUUGGGUAUUCGGAUGUAACAAGUUUGUCCCUUUUUGUCUGUUCAGAUGUCAAAAUUUUGAUGAUUCACACAUAAAAUAGAUAUAAUCUUGCUGUUGUACUUGUCAUUAGUGUCCUUUUAAGACAUCCUGUUGAAGUUGAGCACAUCAUAUAUUUAAACAUUUAAAAUUUUUGUUUAA